UGCAAACCCCCACCCCCAAAAAAACCCUCCGCCUCCUCAGACUGCGUUGCAGAACAGAGUUGUAAAGUGUCAUUACAGCGACACAAUCGUACGCACAAUGAGGAACUUUACCUUGAUGUCAGGUUUACUUCUCCUCAGCCUCAGCUGGAUCUCCAUCUCAGUUUCUGAGUUUCACACUGUGGAGGUACAGCCUGGCGAAGAGGUCACUCUGCUGUGUACUAACUUUACCAGUUCUCCUACUCUGAUAAUCUGGUUCAGAGUGGUCAAGCUAUUGAAGCCCAGCUGUAUUUCCACUAUAUACACGUCCUCUAGGCCUGCCUCAUUCUGUGAUGGUUUUCAAAAUGACAGAUUUGAAGUGACAUCCAACAGCUCUACUGUCUUCCUCAAAAUCAGAAAAGUGGAUUCGUCUGACUCUGGACUGUAUUUCUGUGGAUAUCACAUAACCAGCAACCCAGUUAUUGUCGGUGCAACAUAUUUAGAGGUUCAAGGAGUUACAAAGAUGAGUGUGAUCCUGGGUGGUCUGACAGUUUUUCUCGCUUUGGUCAUUGUUGGUCUUAUUGUCAAGAUCAAAAAGCUUCAGAAAGCUCAUGUUGGAGAAAAGAAUCCACAACAGGCAGAGAAUCUGGGCUCAGAUGAGCUGAACUAUGCAACAGUGACUUUUCGUCCAAAGAAAAGCAGAAACAGUGGGCCUGCAUCAGAGAGCGAGCUGGAGUUAAAUGCUAUUUAUUCUGCCACCAGAUAGACCAAGGAAGCACCUGGGACUGCAGCUCAGAGUGGAACUGAUGUUUUAUUAUUAAACCACUGGUGUAUUACUGUCAUGUUGUUCAAAAGGUCUGACCCUGUGACUGAAAUUCAUGCAAAAUGCACAAUAUUCUUGGUGCUGCUGAUUCUUAUUCCUCAUCUGUGUCUUUAUUUCUGUGUGUAUACUUGUAAUUGUCUUGUAUCUCAGUCUGAGAGCAGAAUAUUAUGAUAUUAUGGUGUUUGAUAGAGGAUCCAGUAAACACACUGUUUGAUGACUGAGGAAGUUUAGCUGUUUAGCUGAUUUGACCAUAACGCAUAGAGCUGAAUGAGGCUGUGUUUUUCCGAGGACCAGCUUAUAACAACUGACUAACCAUCAGCAACACAUCGCCGCUUUGACAGGAAGAGACAGCACAGUGUGGUCUGAACACGACUGAGGCGAAAAAUCAUGAGGCCUGUUAACACAGAGCUCGCUAAGAAUAAGAUCUAUAAAUAAACAGUGGGCAGCAGACCAAAAGACGCCUCUAUGUUUGUAUAGUGUCUGAAAAACAUCCAUCACCAGAGGAACUGCACAGGUGUCUGUAGAAACAGGUAGGAUCACAGCAGAACUACAGCAGGUGCAGCUUCCACCCAACUCCACUGUCACUUUUACUCACUAUUUACUGCAGUGUUUCAAUCUCACGGUGUGUUAUGAAUCAGUGUAAACAACAAGAUAAGCAUCAGAACCAGCCCACCUCUAUAAACCCCUUUACACUGCUGUAAAGAGCCAUAGCUGUGACACUGUCACACGCACAGUGAUGAUCCUCGCUUUGAUAGCAGCUUUACUUGUCUGCAGCCUCAGUAAGUACUGGCACUGAAACACACCACGGCAUCAACUGCGCCGCUGACUAUUAUCAAAUCAAGCAGGUUCUUGUUGCUGUAUCAGCCAAAGGAUUAACAUCUCUGCUGUGUGUUUCAGGCUGCAUCUCAGUUUCUGAGUCUCAGACUGUGGAGGUCCAGUCUGGUGAAGAAGCCACACUGCUGUGCUCCAACUUUACCACUUCUCCUUCUCAGAUAAUCUGGUUCAGACUGACCAACAGAACCCAGCCCCGCUGCAUUUCCUCCAUCUACACAGCCACUGACCCUGCUUCACUCUGUAGUGGAGUCCAAGAGGGAAAAUAUGAAAUGAGAUCCAACAUCUCUACUGUCUUUCUCAAAAUGAAGGAUGUGGAUUCAUCUGACUCUGGACUGUAUUUCUGUGGAUAUUAUAUAAGCAGACACCCCGUUAUUGUUAGCGCAACAUAUUUAAAGGUUCAAGGUAAGAAUGUCGCCUGCUACUGCAUUGGAUUCCUGUCAAAAUAAUAUCAACAACUGACAAAUUGUCUUUAUUCGUUAUUCUAGAUUUAGAUUUUUUGUCAGUUGUUGGAAACAGCUCAUCCACAGAGUCACCUCUGUGCAUUUAAAUGUUAAUCAGAUCUCAAGCCAUGAGUGUUGAAGUGUACAGAGAGCCUAACUCAGUGAUCUUCUUUACAGAAGAGCCUGACGGAUUAACAAAGCUGACGAGUGUGAUCCUGGGUGGUGUGACUCUUUUCCUCGUCAUGGUCAUUAUUGGUCUAGUUGUUCGAAUCAAACAGCUUC